AUGGGAGAACACAUGGCAGAACAACUGGCAAAACGACUGGUCGAACACUUGGCAGAACAUCUGGUUAGGACAUCUGGAGAACGACUGGCAGAACACCUGCUAGAAUACCUGGUAGAACACCUGGCAGAUCAUCUGUCAGAACACAUGACAGAACACCUGGCAGAUCAUCUGUCAGGACACAUGGCAGAACACCUGGCAGAUCAUCUGUCAGAACACAUGGCAGAACACCUGGCAGAUCAUCUGUCAGAACACAUGGCAGAACACCUGGCAGAUCAUCUGUCAGGACACAUGGCAGAACACCUGGCAGAUCAUCUGUCAGAACACAUGGCAGAACACCUGGCAGAUCAUCUGUCAGAACACAUGGCAGAACACCUGGCAGAUCAUCUGUCAGAACACAUGGCAGAACACCUGGCAGAUCAUCUGUCAGAACACAUGGCAGAACACCUGGCAGAUCAUCUGUCAGAACACAUGGCAGAACACCUGGCAGAUCAUCUGUCAGGAACACAUGGCAGAACACCUGGCAGAUCAUCUGUCAGGACACAUGGCAGAACACCUGGCAGAUCAUCUGUCAUGACAGAACACAUGCAGAUCAGAACACCUGGCAGAUCAUCUGUCAGAACACAUGGCAGAACACCUGGCAGAUCAUCUGUCAGGACACAUGACAGAACACCUGGCAGAUCAUCUGUCAGAACACAUGGCAGAACACCUGGCAGAUCAUCUGUCACCCUGGCAGACACAUGGCAGAACACCUGGCAGAUCAUCUGUCAGGAACACAUGGCAGAACACCUGGCAGAUCAUCUGUCAGAACACAUGGCAGAACACCUGGCAGAUCAUCUGUCAGAACACAGAACACCUGGCAGAUCAUCUGUCAGAACACAUGGCAGAACACCUGGCAGAUCAUCUGUCAGAACACAUGGCAGAACACCUGGCAGAUCAUCUGUCAGGACACAUGGCAGAACACCUGGCAGAUCAUCUGUCCAAACACAUGGCAGAACACCUGGCAGAUCAUCUGUCAGAACACAUGGCAGAACACCUGGCAGAUCAUCUGUCAGGACACAUGGCAGAACACCUGGCAGAUCAUCUGUCAGAACACAUGGCAGAACACCUGGCAGAUCAUCUGUCAGGACAUCUGUCAGAACACAUGGCAGAACACCUGGCAGAUCAUCUGUCAGAACACAUGGCAGAACACCUGGCAGAUCAUCUGUCAGGACACAUGGCAGAACACCUGGCAGAUCAUCUGUCAGAACAAGAACACAUGGCAGAUCAUCAGAACACAUGGCAGAACACCUGGCAGAUCAUCUGUGGCAGAACACCUGGCAGAUCAUCUGUCAGGACAUGGCAGAACACCUGGCAGAUCAUCUGUCAGAACACAUGGCAGAACACCUGGCAGAUCAUCUGUCAGAACACAUGGCAGAACACCUGGCAGAUCAUCUGUCAGGACACAUGACAGAACACCUGGCAGAUCAUCUGUCAGAACACAUGGCAGAACACCUGGCAGAUCAUCUGUCAGGAACACAUGGCAGAACACCUGGCAGAUCAUCAUCAUGUCAGAACACCUGGCAGAUCAUCUGUCAGAACACAUGGCAGAACACCUGGCAGAUCAUCUGUCAGGACACAUGGCAGAACACCUGGCAGAUCAUCUGUCAGAACACAUGGCAGAACACCUGGCAGAUCAUCUGUCAGAACACAUGGUAG